UUUUGGGUUUAAAUGGGUGGGUGGGUGGGUCGCGACGGGAAAGAGGAAGGGAAGGGGAUGGUCGCAGGCCGGCCGGGGAGUGGACCAGGAGGCCAGCCGAGGGUAGAGGUCCGGGCUGGGCUGGUGGCGGCAGUGGCUGAGUUGGUGUUUUAUUUUUUUAUUUUUAAUUUUUUUUAAAGUUAGUUAAUUAAAUAAAUAACAUUAAUAAUCACCAAUUACAAGCUGCCAUGUGGCAUAAUUAACGUUAAUGACUAACACCGUUAACGGAAAUGACAUGUUGUGACAUUUACCAAAAAUUUAGUGGUAUUUGGUGUAUUAGAAAGUUUCGUGUGGUAUAUGGUGAAUUAUGCAUUAACUCAGUGGUAUAUGGUGAAAAAUCCAUUUUUAAAUAGACAAUUACCGCAAUCUUCUUUUUGAGGAAAACGUGAGCCGGAAUUAAUAUUGCAUAUCAAAGACAUUUACCGCAGUCGGUAACAUUUGUAGCUACUUAAAUUAAUUUUAAAAGCAAUGUCGUUGGUAAUAAUUUUAUCUUUUAUUUUUAAAACAAAACUCUAGCCCACUAACUCCUUACUCCUCGGCCAAAUUUCCUCCCUUCCUCCUUUCUCAUUUCCUUUUAUAUCAUUCUAUGUCUUAUUCUUCCUAUUUCUCUCUCUACUUCUCUUUCUCGUUCCUCCUCUUCUCUUUCCAACUCAUCCUUCUCUCGUUUUCACGGUGAACCGAGAAAACAAGCAUCACAUUUUAUGGUGGACUUUGAGGUUUUUACGAGCAAAUGAUUGUGUAGCGUUUUUAAAAAUGAUUUCAAGUUUUUUUUGUGGCCAAAUUCGACCAUGAAAAUUCCAGAUUUAUAUCCCUAAUUGACGAUUAAUGUCAUAAAAGGAAUGUUUUCUCUUGAAAUUUUUAUUUAAUUUUUGAUGUUUUCGUGGUGAAAUUUGUCGUGAAUUUUGUGAGGUUGGUUUUUGGGCAGUGGUGUAGUAACGAUUGUUGGGUGGAUGGUUUUGAUUUUGGGGGUGGUGUGGUUUUUUUUUUUUUUUUUUUCCAAGUUUUUUUUGGUUCUUUUUCUUGGUUUGGGUGGUUGGUUUUUGUGGUGGUAAUGGUGCAACAAAAUGGUGGUUUGGGUGAGGAUGCAACGGUGUAGGAGGAUGCAGUUUUAUUUUGUAUUUUUUUGGUUGUUUCUUUUUCGGGUUUGGGUGGGUUGGUUUUAGUGGCAGUGGUGGUGUAGAAAAGUGAUUGUACGAGAAGGGGUGCUACGUGGUGGGGGUGUAACGGGGUGAGGGAAGGUGCGAAGUGGCAGGUGGGUGAUGCAUAAGGGGGGAGGGGGUUGGGAAGGUUGUGUGAUGGAAGAUUAUUAGGGGAGUGGUAAAGGAUAAGAGAUGGGGCAAUGACUACUUGGGGGUGUAGCUCAAGUUGUUUUUUUCUUUUUUUUUGCUCUCGAGAUUACUAACAGCCAGGCCGUCAAUGUUUUUCGACGGCCAUGCAAAACCAUCACUAAUUAAAGUACAGACGACCAAAUCCGUUGGUAAUAUCAUAAUUUCGAACUAGUGGAUUUCUGACCAUUACCAAUGGCUAGCCUUUGGAGACCAAACUACUGAAGAUUUUAGGGUUAUUACCGAUGUUUUUAGCUAUCGGUAAUUAGAUGUUUUCUCUUUUUUUUUUUUUUUUUUUUUUUUGAAGGACUAAGUGUUUUGUUUUAAUGCAAUAGCAUUUUGUGAAUUUUUAAAAACCCUUGGUGAAAAAACUAUUAACAAAUUUAUGAGUAUAUUGCAUAAUGAUAUGGCUAUCGAGAUAUAGAGAAAAAACCAAAAAUUGAAGUAGAUUAUUUAAAUCAAUCAAAAUGUAGUUUUUGAAUGUAUUUAUAUUAUUUGACUUAGAAGAAAGUAAGAGGAAAACGUUAUGAAACAAUUUUCUAACUUUUGCAAGGCUAAUUACUACAAAUGGGAGAUGUCAAGAUUACUCAAGAAAUACAAGGUGAUUAAUUUUACCCAAACCAAUUCACGUCUUGCUAAUAAUGGCCUUUCGGGAUCAAUCCAAAGAUUGCGAUGUCGAGCUAUGUUUGAGUCUCUUCAAUACACCGAUGAAAUAAAAUUCCUCGCAAACAAAUUUAUAAAGACUCUUCGAAGAAACAAUAAUCCUUAUAUUGCACUGCAUCUAAGGUAUGAGAAAGACAUGCUUGCUUUCACGGCUUGCACGCACAAUUUGACUUCUAAGGAGGCUAGAGAGCUUACAAGUUUGAGGCGUCACACAACACAUUGGAAAGAAAAACAUAUAAAUGGCAAAAACAUGAGACUGCAAGGAGCAUGUCCAAUGACUCCAAGGGAGGUUGCUAUCUUCUUAGAAUCUUUAGGAUUUUCAAACAAUACUAUAAUUUAUAUAGUAGCAGGUGAGAUAUAUGGUCAUAAUGGACUUGAAUCUUUACGAGCAAAGUAUCCAAACUUGUAUGAUCACACGAGCUUAUCCAUUGAAGAUGAAGUGACAUCUUUUAAAGAUCAUAGUAAUAAACUUGCUGCUAUAGACUAUAUGGUUGCUGUUGAAAGUGACAUAUUCAUUUAUACUUAUGAUGGACAUAUGGCUAAGGCAGUGAAGGGUCAUAGGAUGUAUGAAGGAUUUCGGAAGACUAUUAGCCCUGACAUAAAAAGGUUUGUGAAGCUUGUUGAUCAAUUGGAUAGAAAAUAUAUAUCUUGGAAAGAUUUAUCUUCAGAAGUAAAGCGCAUACAAAAACGAAGGAUAGGCUCUCCUACAUAUAGAAGGGUUGGGUCUAACCCAAGAGAAGAAGAGAAUUUCUAUGCAAAUCCGUAUCCAGGAUGUAUAUGUGAAAAGUCUAGAUGAUGUAAGAUUCAAAAAUUUUUAAGGAAUCUAAAUGGUUUUGAAUUGUAAUGAAAAUACAAUUAAUUCUACUUACUAAGUGUUUAUUGAUUCGAUGCAUUCUUUUCAAGGAUAAAAAAUGGGAUCAUGAAUAAAUAAAUAAUUUUCAGGUUUUAU